AGUGUUAACCGGAAAUAACUGGCUUUUAGAUCAAGUGCCAAGAACUUGAAAAAUCCGUAAAACUUUUUAAUAAUCGAAUUUAAUUUGGAAAAGUUGAGGAUGUCAGCCCUGUCGUCGCCCACCUCAUGUGGUUGCUCCACUGUCCACUGGGCCAUUGUCAUUGUUCUCCUGUCAAUUGCAAUUGGACCGGGAAAUGCCUUGCCUCGGCCAGCCCGCAACACGCAGUUGUUGUUCAGUGAGCUUCUAGGAGGCGGAAAUGAGGACAACAACUAUUAUGGCGAGCAGUUGAAGUAUCAACAACAGCAGCAAGAACAGAAACAACAGCGGUUGCCAACCUUUGCCAGGAAAUGGCCAUCGCUGAGGGAUCUCCUUCUGACCGCCGACUAUGAUGACUUUGGAGUUACCCAGGAGAGCGAUGAGCCAGAGGCGCCCAACACCCGUUUGCUGGCCCGACUCCACAAGCUAGGAGAUAAUGGUGGCGGCGAUGAGCUACGCUAUAAUGUCGUGACCGAUCUGACCAAUAUGCCCAGUAAGAAGGUGGUGCCUGGACAUUCGCUCAAGGACCACAACACCAAGAAGAAUGUUCAAUUUCGUAAACAAUAUAUGUCGCCUUGCCACUUCAAGAUCUGCAACAUGGGACGCAAACGCAAUGCCGGCUUCCAGCCCUACUGAAGGGAACUAAAGCUAGAAAUCCGCAAAGCAAGACAAACCAAAGUCCAAGUCAAAUAAAUCCUCUAAAGGAAACCAAGAAUUUGCAUUGUCACAAACUGUUGGAUUAACGUUCAAAUGCCAAGUAUUGUCUACUGUUCUAAUUUUAGUUACAGAAUUUAAUUAGAAACUAUGAUUACAUUGUAUUUAUAAAAUAUUUCUCGACCUAAACACGCCCACACACAUCUGACUCCCUGCUCUCUGCAAAUCAACACACACACACACACCCAUGCAUACACUGAAGUAUUUCCAUAUUAGUUGUUAAUAUAAAUAUUAUCUAUGAUUCUUGUUGUAUUCGAAAUACAUUAAAUAGUAAUAACCAACACAAUGUUGUUAGAUAUUAAGCCAAGCAUUACUUAUUACAAAGAAUAUUUAUUGAAAACAAACCGAACAACACACAUGAAUGAUAUGUGGCCAAGUUUCCUGAAUAAAUGUUAUAUAAUUAUGGUA